AUGAAAGCCGAAACUGCAGUGGAUGAAAAUCGGGACAACCCCGAGGAUGGACCUUUAGGGUUACUGUCCGAAUGUGUCAAAGAUAAUGCUCAAGUUUUAAUUAACUGUCGAAAUAAUAGGAAGCUUUUGGCACGGGUUAAAGCGUUUGACAGACAUUGUAACUUAUUACUCACUGAGGUUAGAGAAAUUUGGGUAGAAGUGAUAAAAGACAAGAAAAAAAAAAAAAAAAUUAACAAGGACAGGUACAUAAGUAUACUAUUUUUAAGGGGAGAUUCCGUUAUUUUAAUUUUACGAAAUCCAAAGUAA